AUGGAGGCGAACGUGACGGAGCUAUGGCGGAUUGUUGAGUCGCUGCAGGCGGAGUUCGACUCAAUGGAGACGGAUAUGAACGUGAUGUGGCUCAUGGUGGGGUCCAUUCUGGUCGUGCUCAUGCAGGCAGGAUUCGCCAUGCUUGAGGCUGGCUCUGUUUGCGAAACGCACGUAAAAAGCGUACUGGUCAAGAACCUUCUGGAUCUGGCCGUAGCUGCUGUCAUGUGGUGGUCGAUCGGGUGGGGGAUCGCCUUUGGUGAAGAGACUGAACAUGGCGAGUUUAACCAGUUUGCCGGGCCUGUAUCGUUCUUCUUGCGAGGUGGGGGAUUCAUCGACGAAUCUGGGAACUACGGUACCACCGAAGGAUACACCUGGGCACUGUGGCUUUUCCAGUGGAGCUUCUCGGGAGCAGCUGUGACAAUUGUCAGCGGUGCAGUGGGGCUGCGAAUCACGAUGCCUGCAUACAUCAUGACAGCUCAGGCCAUCGUUGGAUUAAUCUACCCCGUGGUGGUGAGAUGGGGCUGGAACUCCCAUGGAUGGGCAUCCGCUUGGUCAAGUACCAGGGACGACCUUCUCUUCGGCUGCGGGGUUAUCGACUUUGCGGGCUCGGGGGUGGUCCACACUACCGGAGGAGUGGCCUCCCUUGUGAUGAUGAUUCUCAUAGGGCCGCGCUUGGGCCGUUUCUCUGGUGGCAUGUCCAUACAAACAACGGAGGAAAGCGUCAUCAUUCAGACGCUGGGGGCUUUCCUGCUAUGGGUGGGUUGGUACGGGUUCAACGGCUGCAGCGCGCUGUACAUAACUGGCAGCUCGCACGUGGCAGCCAAGGCAAUGGUAUGUACGACCAUCUGUGCCACAUCGGCCGGUCUGGGCGUCACCUCCGCAAGCUUGGUCUUGUUUCAACACGUGGAACCCCAGGAUGUUGUCAACGGCAUACUCUCAGGGCUCGUUGCCAUAUCAGCGAGCUGUGCCGUCGUGGAGGUGGAAGGAGCGUUCUUCAUUGGCCUUGUCUCAGCCGUGAUCUACCUUGGGUGCUCUCGAUUCAUGGACAUAGUGCGAAUCGACGACAUGGUGGACGCGGCACCAGUGCACCUGGCUAACGGCGUGUGGGGGGUGAUCGCCGCUGGCCUUUUCGCGUCACAGGAGGGAUACAGCGCGUCCUACUAUGCUGAUCGAAGCGAACAAUGCUGCGGGUGGCUGUACGGCUGCGGAACGGCCCAGAUCCUGGCCAACCUCUCCUUCGUUCUAUCCAUAUUGUGCUGGGUAGGCCUGAUGACGUUCAUGGCUGGGUUUAGUCUGAAAUACGUGGGACUGCUGCGUAUUAGUGAGGAAUCGGAACGGUUUGGAGCGGACGCACAGCACGGUUACAGACGUGUAGAACUACCGGACAUCGUGAGGAAGGUGCUGUCUCAAGUAGAAGGCCUCGUGGCAAAGGCUGCCGACGAACGUGAUCCACCAUCGUUCGUGUCGAGCAAUUCCGGCAGGAAGUCCAAACGAAAACGCCCAGAGACUUGA